CGAGAUAAUUGGUUCCGGCAGGAAACAGCUCCUCUAAGAGGGACUGGAAGGCGGAAAGAAGCUGAAAGUGACGCCUUUGAGCCGCGGAGGAUUGUGGGAGGAGGUUGUCUCCAAUUUCUCCUCCCCCUCCCGGCCAAGAUGUCUGACAUGGAGGAUGAUUUCAUGUGCGAUGAUGAGGAGGACUACGACCUGGAAUACUCUGAAGAUAGUAACUCCGAGCCAAAUGUGGAUUUGGAAAAUCAGUACUAUAAUUCCAAAGCAUUAAAAGAAGAUGACCCAAAAGCAGCAUUAAGCAGUUUCCAAAAGGUUUUGGAACUUGAAGGUGAAAAAGGAGAAUGGGGAUUUAAAGCACUGAAACAAAUGAUUAAGAUUAACUUCAAGUUGACAAACUUUCCAGAAAUGAUGAAUAGAUAUAAACAGCUAUUGACCUAUAUUCGGAGUGCAGUCACAAGAAAUUAUUCUGAAAAAUCCAUUAAUUCUAUUCUUGAUUAUAUCUCUACUUCUAAACAGAUGGAUUUACUGCAGGAAUUCUAUGAAACAACACUGGAAGCUUUGAAAGAUGCUAAGAAUGAUAGACUGUGGUUUAAGACAAACACAAAGCUUGGAAAAUUAUAUUUAGAACGAGAGGAAUAUGGAAAGCUUCAAAAAAUUUUACGCCAGUUACAUCAGUCCUGCCAGACUGAUGAUGGAGAAGAUGAUCUCAAAAAAGGUACACAGUUAUUAGAAAUAUAUGCUUUGGAAAUUCAAAUGUACACAGCACAGAAAAAUAAUAAAAAACUUAAAGCACUCUAUGAACAGUCACUUCACAUCAAGUCUGCCAUCCCUCAUCCACUGAUUAUGGGAGUUAUCAGAGAAUGUGGUGGUAAAAUGCACUUGAGGGAAGGUGAAUUUGAAAAGGCACACACUGAUUUUUUUGAAGCCUUCAAGAAUUAUGAUGAAUCUGGAAGUCCAAGACGAACCACUUGCUUAAAAUAUUUGGUCUUAGCAAAUAUGCUUAUGAAAUCGGGAAUAAAUCCAUUUGACUCACAGGAGGCCAAGCCGUACAAAAAUGAUCCAGAAAUUUUAGCAAUGACGAAUUUAGUAAGUGCCUAUCAGAAUAAUGACAUCACUGAAUUUGAAAAGAUUCUAAAAACAAAUCACAGCAACAUCAUGGAUGAUCCUUUCAUAAGAGAACACAUUGAAGAGCUUUUGCGAAACAUCAGAACACAAGUGCUUAUAAAAUUAAUUAAGCCUUACACAAGAAUACAUAUUCCUUUUAUUUCUAAGGAGUUAAACAUAGAUGUAGCUGAUGUGGAGAGCUUGCUGGUGCAGUGCAUAUUGGAUAACACUAUUCAUGGCCGAAUUGAUCAAGUCAACCAACUCCUUGAACUGGAUCAUCAGAAGAGGGGUGGUGCACGAUAUACUGCACUAGAUAAAUGGACCAACCAACUAAAUUCUCUCAACCAGGCUGUAGUCAGUAAACUGGCUUAACAGAGAGCAAGCUUUUACAGACGUCCUUAAGGCAACAGUGCAGAGAUGUAAUCCUUAAAAGAACUGGGAAUGGCAAAACUACUGUCGGUUGAUGUGUCCUGAAAAUUAUUGGAGUUAUGGCAGAAGUGCUUUUUUGAUCAACUGGUUUGUGUUUUGCUGCUGCAUUUAUCCCAAGAAAAACAGCUUUAAUCUCCAGAAGAAAACCAAAAUACCAUGGGAUUUAUGCUGUAUUGACAUCUUGCCCUAAACAUACAACAUCAUAGUAAUUUGUCAUGGGCAACAUGACCAGAGAGAAGAUUUUUGUCAUGAUUUUAAAUACACUGACACGCUACUGUUGGUUAAAUUUAAACAUGUUUUACCUGCAGAAAUUCUCUCACAAAUAACCUGCAAUAACUUGAAAUGCAUACCCUUUUGAACACUUCCUUUUCUCAUGUAUAAAUUAAAAUGUUUGCUGCAUUUUGCAAAAUGUCAAUUCUCUAAAAAUGUGUCCGUAUAUUUCUGUACCUGCAGUGUAGUAAAGGUUUAGACGAAACCCCAUAAUUAUAGUGGCAUACUGUCACUUAGGUUUCAAGCAGCAAAAUAAACAGUGCAGCUCAGAAAUUGUA